AUGGUGACGGGCCUGGUCCCUCUCCUCUCACUCACUCCAUUCUGGCCUCCAGUUGCCGUCUCUACCGUUUGUACAAAAUCCGCAGCGGUGACUACUGCCGAAGGCUCGAGUGCGCCUGCUGCGUGGAGCGCCGAUCUCGUGGUUACAGUUGGCGAACACGGCGAUCUCUGGCUCCCCACCGAUAUGAUUACGGAGUUGUUUUCGGUCGUGAUCAACCCCGAAACCUACUUACCUCUCAUACGUGUCGGUCAAAGCCUACCAACAUACAGCGCCUUCGUCGCUCACCAUGAAACCCGAGGCCGUCUACCUGGAUUUCAAGGUCCUGAUCCCCCUAUAUUCCAAGGUGAAUGGAUCAACUCGGGACAGUCGGUGGCCCUGAUGCCCGGCCGAGACUACAGGCUCACGGUGAAGACUCGACAUCGCGGAGUGAAGGUUGGGUAUACAUUUGACGUUGUAUGGGAGGAUGAACCCAUUUGGAAGAUAUUGGAGAAGCUCAAGUCGACAUUCCUGAAACACAGGCAAGACUUGUUACCUGGCCCAACGUUCGAUCUACCUGGUUACCUCCGGGUCUCGAAUGUUUACUGGGGUGGCUCGGAACAUCGCCGCAUAGGCAAAGAGGCUAUGGUAACGAGUGGUACCACCAUCGGCGCGGACUCGUGCAAAAAAGUCGCCAUCAAGAGAUUUACCGAGUCCAAUCCAUGGGCCAAUCGAAAAGCAGCCCAAAACGAGAUCAAGCGACUACAAUUGAUGCAGCACCCUCACAUCGUCGAGUACCUGGGCCACGAUUUGAACUCGUUCACAAACGACGUAUACUUGGGCUGGAUGGGCGGAAGAGAUAUUGAAGGCCUGAAGUUUGACAUCACACGCCCUUUGGUACCGAAAGACUUGUGGAGUUCGCUUUUGUUGCAGAUGACCUUGGCACUUGGUUAUCUGGCGGCAAGGAACAUUGUCCACGAGGAUGUCAAGCCGGGUAACAUUCUGUACAAACGAUUCCGCAACGGCCAUGUCAACUUUCGACUGGCUGAUUUCAGCAACAGUGGAAGAUCAUGGGUUGGCCAAGAGGGGUUUUUCAGGCCGCUAUUUCGUGCACCCGAGUGGACGGACUUUGUCGACGAAAAAGAGGGCGGCACGCAACCGUCAGCCGAUGUGUGGGCGUUGGCCAUGACUAUGAUAUGUGUCACCAAAAGACCGCAUGCAACGGUUAUGCCGCACGUGUGGGAUAAGGUGGACCAAGGGUUCUUCUCGGAAGCUGUCGAGGCAGCUUUCCAGCAAGCCACCGGUGAAGUAUCCAGCUUUGAGAAUCAGAAGCUGGGGUUACUGCGGCCUAUGCUACGCCUAAAUCCGCAUGACAGGGCCAAGCCUCGUGAUAUGUCCGUUUGCAUCCAGAAGCUCAUGGGCAUUACAGCACAAAGACGUGCUGCUGCGGUUGCCGCGGCUGCUGUGGCUUCCAAUCUCCGGAGGGAUCUCGAGAUGGGAAAUCCUGAGGUUGAUGACUCGGCUCUUGUUGUGGAAAGCCCUCAGGUUGAUGACUCGGCUCUUGAGAUGAAAGAUCCUCAGGUUGAUGUCUCGGUUGUCGAGAUGGAGAGUCCUCAGCAUGAUGGUUUGGGUCCUCAGCAUCAUGGUUUGGGUUGGUGAAUCGGCUCUUGAGAUGGAAUGAUAUGGAAAAGGAUUGAUUGCCGGGAGUUCUGGGGGAGAUUGCUUUCUUGUUCUGAUUCUGAUGGGGAGAAGGGGACCAUAUAUCUUUGCUGGAGGUGAUUCUGGUGUAGCGCUCUGGUUCAACCGCAUCAUGACCACAAACGUUAUGAAGCAGUCUAGGCAGCGUCGUUCAAGUAUAACAGGCGGAACAUAAUUUGACAUAAAACAUUGGAUUUUCAAGUGAGCUUCAGGUGUUCAGGUAAUCGUACUCACAACAUUGUGGAUCGGACACCGUUCAAUCUUGUAUACGGC